AUGCCCACCUGUGAAGUAUGCUCGAAAGAAGCAUCCAAAUACAAGUGCCCAACAUGCGGCUUGCUGAGCUGUUCUCUCGGCUGUACAAAGUCGCACAAAAUUUACUGUACCCCGAAGCAAGAUUCAUCCGCAGUCAAAGAUUCCUCAGAACAGCUAUCUGAUGAUCCGCAAAAUCUUGCUAAGCAGGAAGAAAACGCAAAAGGACUCAUACCCUUGGCAGAAAUUCAAAAACUGUUUGCAGAAUAUCCCAAUCUUCGUUUCAAAUUACGAGAAAUCUACAAUAUCACCUUAGAGGAAGAAUGGAACGCAGAGCAAAAGCACAGCACUUACCAUCGCGGCGACCGUCAGGGUCAUAACCAUAACCAUCACCAUCAUCACAACAAUCGUGGAACCUGGACUGCAGAAAAAGGAUUCAACCGUGGAGUCGGGAAAGUUAGGAGAUGGAGAGAAGGCUGCGAAGGCGGAGAGUGUACGGACACUGAUGCCGAAGGCUUCAUGAAGUUUAUGGCUUUGGUUGCAGGCGAGCACGAAAGUUGA